GUCCUCCCGGAGCUCUUCCGGGUGUUGCCGGCAGAGGGCGCCGGCCGAGGAGCCAGCGGCAGAGCCGUGAGGUCUGACCACGCGGCGUGUCCCGGUCGCCACAGCCGCCGCCAUGAAGGCCGUGGUGCAGCGCGUCACCAAGGCUAGCGUCACAGUUGGAGGAGAGCAGAUAAGCGCCGUUGGUCGGGGCCUCUGCGUGUUGCUGGGUGUUUCCGUGGAAGACUCACAGAAGGAGCUGGAGCACAUGGUUCGAAAGAUUUUAAAUCUGCGUGUGUUUGAGGAUGAGAGUGGAAAACCCUGGUCCAAGAGCGUGAUGGAUAAGCAAUACGAGGUGCUGUGUGUCAGCCAGUUCACCCUCCAGUGUGUCCUCAAGGGGAACAAGCCCGACUUCCACCUGGCGAUGCCCACAGAGCAGGCAGAGAGUGUCUACAACAGCUUCUUGGAGCAGCUUCGAAAGAGCUACAGGCCAGAGUUCAUCAAAGAUGGCAAGUUCGGAGCCUACAUGCAGGUGCACAUUCAGAACGAUGGGCCAGUUACUGUAGAACUGGAGUCUCCUGCUCCUGGAGCUGCCAGCUCUGAUCCAAAGCAGCUGUCCAAGCUGGAGAAACAGCAGCAGAGAAAAGAGAAGACCAGAGCCAAGGGGCCUUCUGAGUCAAGCAAAGAACGAAACACUCCCCGAAAAGAAGACCGCAGCGCCAGCAGCGGGGCGGAGGGCGAUGUGUCUUCGGAGCGGGAGCCAUAGAUGCCGAAGUAGGAACUCAGCAAAUUACCAUUGGAUAGAACCGGAUCCUGAAAAAUUCAAGAUGCUAAGCUUCUACACUGCGUUAAGAAUUCAGGACUCAAAAAAUGAAAAGAAAAUCAGAACCAAGACACUGGAAAUCUGGAUACCCCUGCAGGAAAACACCAAAGGACCAUUCCAUUUUUUUGUGUACUGCUGUGGUCUGAAGGGGUAGUGGGUGUUGUGGGAUGGGGGAAUGCUCCUGGGUUCGUACCCAUGCCUUUCCCAUGGAGAGAGGUCCAUUGGUUUCCUUGCUUUUACCAUGUCUUGGCUUGCUUUUGGAACAGGCUAGCCCAGUGUUGCCUUGUCCUCAGGUCUACUGCGGUGUAUUCGGUGUGUCCAUGAUCCGUGGCCAGCGCCCCCUGCUGUGCGUGUUGUCUCAUCUUGAGUGUCAGGGUAGGGCUGGUGUGAGGCAACCGACAAUAACACAUCGUAGGAGACUUUGCAUCUUGUAAAUUUUCACCUUUUUUCUAAAAAUAAAUAACAAUAAAACCAAUAAA